CUUAAGAAGACGACAGGCUCCCACAUUUGUGUGGUGGAACAACACUAGAAUGAGCAAAACUCCGGAUUCUGAUGGGAAGACUGUGGACAUUCCUCCAAACCCAAACCAAAGUACCUCAUUAGGAAAGACUGAAAAGCCUGGUACCCUGAAACAUUUACUCGACAAGCUGCAGAAAUUCCUGAAGGGGAAUCUAAAAGCUCUGGGGGUGGCUCAGAUUAUGAUUGGUGUGAAAUGCAUCUUUUAUGGGAUAAUUGGAUUUUUUGCUUUUGAUUCUGAAAUGUACCCAACUGUUUUCUUCUCAAUUUACACAGGCUUCCCUUUAUGGGGGGCAUUGUCUUUUAUCGUGUCUGGAUCUCUGACUGUUGUGUCUGCCAAGAAGCAAACAAAAUCACUGCUGAGGAAGAAUAUAGGUGCUAACACUCUUAGCACAUUGGUCUCGAUUGUUGGGAUCUGUAUUCUGUCAUAUAAUUUAACAAAAAAUUUCCGCUAUGAUUGCAAGAAGGAAACUCUCUGCUUGGGCAUCAAAUCAAUUGCAAUUGGACUUGUGAUUGUCCUGAUGAUCCUAACUUGUCUGCAAAUUUUAAUUUCACUCCCUCUCUCCAUGCUCGUCUAUAAUGUGGAUGACAGGAAUAUUCACUGGAUUUCUGUAUCUUUUUGCUGGAAAUCACCUUCUGAAAGUCCUUAUCAAGACUUGUUGCCUCAAACUUCAAUCUAUCAAGAGCUUGAAUGUAAAGAAGAAACACCUUCAUGUUAUCCCACAGAUACUAGUAAACAAAUAUGAAGCUAUACUUCUGUAUUUUGGAUCCACAGUGAUAGCAAGAUCAUACUGUGACCACUGAGGCAUAAAUAUACACGUGUGAGAAUACAACUGUGUGGUUCAAAGUCAUAAAGACAGCAACUAGCAUCUAUAGCAUCAAGAAUUUGGUUGUCACUAUUCUUUUGGUUGGAUGUUAUCACAGGCUAGGUGUAUGCUCUGUAACAACACUUAACUUUGAAAUAUUGGUGGCUUAACACAUCAGAAGUUCAUUUACUGCAUACUUUACAUGUUCAUUGUUAGUUGGCUGUUUAGACCCACACUGAUAUGGGUUCUACAAAAUAGAAUAAUAUUUCAAAAAGUUUUUUUUAUUUUGCCGAGGUAGGGAAAAAAAAGUUAGAAGUUGGACCUCUGGCAAUGAGAUACUUUGGUCGAGAAGCAUGUGUCAUUCUGGCCACAGCUCAUUAAAUGGUGACCUUCCCAGUGCUGUGUGGGAGACAGGAAAUGUAGAGGGACAGAAAAUAUCAGUGAAUAAUAUUAUCUCCAUCCCAGUGUUCUUCAUCAGCCAGGAUCUAUUUUCUGAGAUCACAAUUCAUUUUCCUUAUUCAUUCAUUACUACAUGUUAGAAAAAAAUCUCAAUUCCUCCAGCUCUCAAAUGUAUGAACAUAAAGCUCCAUUCCUUUCUUAAAGCUCUGAAGUUUAACCUCUCUUUGAUGAAGCACAGUGGAGUCAAUGGAGACUUUUCUGGACCAGUCGUGAACACUUUGCAUGAAGUCUUUGGUCCAUUUUUACACUCUGUGACUUUGGAUGUGUUUCUUUCCUGACUAAACAUCAGUUUCCUUAUCUUUCAAAUGGCCUCACUUGUGCUUACUCAGUUCCGAUUGGGAUAUACAUCAAGGAAAAGAGUAAAUAUAUGCAAAAAAUACUUUUAAUCAUACAAAAUACUAUAGAUUAUAGUAUUUCAUUGGUCUAGUGUUAGGUUAAUUAAUUAUAUUGCAUCAUUCAGAGUACAUUAGGCUUUUGUGAUGAUAUUUUACAUAUGUAAGCUUAUAUGUAAAAGCUUGUGUUGCUUCGUUGGCUCACUGACAAUCAAAGUGUUACCCAUUCCCCUAGAAUAUACAACCAGAAUGUUUCAAAGUCUAGUAAAAUUAAUAGUGUGUCCAUGAGAUCCAACAAUUCCAUUCCCGUUCUAUACAGUAUCAUAGCUACUACACACAUAUGGCAAUUAAAAUUUAAGUUCUUUAAAAUGAAAAAAAGAUUCAAAGCCCAUUUUCUUAGUGUCAAUAUCCAUGUUACAAGCGUUCAAUGGCCACUUGUAGCUAGUCCAAAAUAUAUGAAGGAAAGAGCUGAUAAAACUAAAAGGAGAAAUCGACAAAUAUCCUGUUAUAUUUGGAGACCUCAACCCCUCUUUGACAGCUGAUAUAUCACCCAGGUAAAGAAGCAGAAAGGAUAUAGAUGACCUGAAUAGCAGUAUCAAUCAAGUUGACCUAAUUGACAUUUAUAGACCUCUCCAUCCAACAACAACAGAACAUACAUUGUUCUCCAAUGUGCGUGGAAUAUUUGCCAAUAUUGGUAGCUUCACAUGUUAGGCAACACAGCUCAACAAAUUUAAAAUCAUAGAAGUCACACAGUUGUCAGACAAUAGCAGAAUUGUUGUAGGUGGAAAAUUCAAAAUUUUUGGAAAUCAAACAACAUAUUUCAAAACAGCCCGUGAGCCACAGGAAAGUUUUUAAAACGGGUAGAAAUAUGGGCAAUUCUUUUGCUUUUGGGGGGCACUUCUUGUGAUUUUUUUUUCAAAGCCAGAUGUGAAACAUCAUAUAAUAGAUGGCUAAAGAUAGAAAUAUUUACAGAUACGUGUAUAAACAUGGUGCAGUGGACUGUCUGUGUCUCCCCUUCCCAAAUUCCUAUGUUGAAACUCUAUCCCUCAAUAUGAUGGUAUUUGGAGAUGGGGCCUUUGGGAGGGAAUGAGGUAGCGAGGGUGGAUCUGUCGUGAUGGAAUUAGUACCUUAUAAGAAACGACAUGAGGGAACUUACUUCCUCUCUUUGCUCUCUACUAUGUGAGGAUACAAUGAGAAAAUGGCUAUCUGGAAGCCAGGGGGGAAAACCGAGCAUGCUCGCAUCUGGAUCUCAGAUGUCCAGCCUCCAGAAUUGUGAGAAAUAAAUAUUUUCUGUUUAAGUUA